CAGGGGGGGAGAGGGCUGGGGGAGUGCUGCCACUGACAUGGGGUCCCCAGUGCAGUAUCGGAGUGCAGACUUCACCCGGCAUGAGAGCUCCACCCAUCUUGCACGGGACAAAACUAACAGGCACAUUCCCCAGUCAAUUAGAAAGAAGCAUUACUCCUACAUGCAAUGGCUACAUCCCAAAAGAGGCAAAGGAAGAGGAGGGAAUCAGACAGACUAAGAGUGUCAGACAAAGAGGUGUUCUUUCAAAACAGAGGAGUUUAGAUUCCAAGACCAAAAAAGGUGUGACAUUUGAAGAGAUUUCCAGUGAACUUACAGAGAAUGUGGUCUUCGACAAAUGGAAAAGUGGGACUUAUUGCUAUGCCCGGGCAAUCAAGACUAACCCACACCUAUUAGGGGGCGUGGGGAACAGCAAGAUUAAAGAGAGGCGGGACUUGCGCUACACAAAUGGCAGCGUAGUUGACUCGGAGGCUAUAGGAGGGAUUUGUAUUGAUGGCAGUGAUGAGGCGGAGCCUGUCUCGACCAUGUCCUCUCGAGGAAGGGACCAAUCAAUACCUAAAGAACAUUCUGUGGCACAUUCAUAUUGUGGGAAUGCAAAACGACCACCUGCUCCCCCACCUCUCUGGAUGCUCCAGGAAAUGUGCAGACACUGUGGAGGGAGACAGACUGUGGUCCCUGGAGCUGGAGAUGAAGAUGCCAGUCUGGAAGUUAAGAGCCCUUCCUCUGCAUGCCCUGAAGGAACAACAGCCAUGAAAACACCUAUUUCACUCACAGACAGAAACCACCUUCUCCCUUCACAUACUGAGAAAGAGAGGAACUCUACAUGCUCCACUCCGAGGCUUGCAGACAGGGAUCUGAUACAAAGACAGCCGACACAAACAGAAUCUCAAUCCACCCACCCCCGCUGUAAACCCCCUAUUUACAACAACAAAGACAGGAAGCCCAACCUGCCUGCAAACCCAGCGCCUGCAUGGAAAACCAAAGAUCUGAAACAGACUAAUGGUUAUACCUCACAUUAUACAUACCCCCUGCAUACCUCUAUCAGAGACCCAGUAGAAACCCUAGUUACACCUUCACAUACACACUCAGACAAGCCAACCCGCCAAAGAACCAUCUUACAGACAAAAUCUAUUACAGUCACUAAGGCAACUAUUGAACCCAGGCGUGCAGAUGUGAACACCCUUGAGACCCCAUCUCACUGGAGUAAAAUUCCUCGACCGAAAAUACUCAAAAUGUAUCCUCAGAUCGCAAUAGCCACCAGGGCAAACACGCCACGCGCACACCGUAAACAUCCAAAGACACCCACACACCCAAAUACACAGCCCAACCCAUCAAAUACAUCAUGUACAUCUACUCACCCUUACCGUCCAUACAGAACCUUUCCUCCAAACCAUGUUAACCCAUCCCAUGUUAUUAGAGCCCCUAAGCCUGAAAACACAACACCACGGUCUAACACUGCUACAACAUUACAUAUAAGUGCACCCCCUUACCCUGCUAACACACACGCAACUAAACCCCCUAACUCUGCAAACUCACAUACAGCUACACCUCCCACCCCUGAAAGCACACUGACGACAACCACAAAACUCCUAAACAGUGCUACUAAAACGAUACAUAGAACAACACUCCCUAGCCUCGCUAACACAUUACAUAUAGCUACAACUCUAAAACCAGCAAACACACCAUGCAAAGCCACUCUCUCUUACCCUUACAACCCAUCACACACAACUAUUCUCACAAGCUAUUAUAACCCAUCACACACAACUACUCCCACAAGCUAUUAUAACCCAUCACACACAACUACUCCCACAAGCUAUUAUAACCCAUCACACACAACUACUCCCACAAGCUAUUAUAACCCAUCACACACAACUACUCCCACAAGCUAUUAUAACCCAUCACACACAACUACUCCCACAAGCUAUUAUAACCCAUCACACACAACUACUCCCACAAGCUAUUAUAACCCAUCACACACAACUACUCCCACAAGCUAUUAUAACCCAUCACACACAACUACACCCACAAGCUAUUAUAACCCAUCACACACAAAUACACCCACAAGCUAUUAUAACCCAUCACACACAACUACUCCCACAAGCUAUUAUAACCCAUCACACACAACUACUCCCACAAGCUAUUAUAACCCAUCACACACAAAUACACCCACAAGCUAUUAUAACCCAUCACACACAACUACUCCCACAAGCUAUUAUAACCCAUCACACACAACUACUCCCACAAGCUAUUAUAACCCAUCACACACAAAUACACCUACAAAACCUUUGUUCCAUACCCUUAACCUGUCAAACACAUCACACACGCCUAGUUCCCCUGACUCAGCUAAUGCAUCCCCCAUAACACCCCCUAACGUUGAUAACGCAUCACAUACAACUAUAUCCUCUCUCUGUUCAAAUGCCUUAUACACAGCUACGCAGCUUCAGUCCUCAUCCACGUCACUGCCGAUCUGUAGACCACUGAUCAUGACACAGAUACACAACAAUAAACUACCUGACCCAUCAAACAGAUCAACCACUAACACGCAGAAUAACAGCACAUUUAUAAAUACACAUAUUGAACAAACCGCUGCCCUUCACACCAGCUCUCAUAACAGAUUUGUUGUUGAUCCAAUAAUGCAUGCAAAUGUAUAUGCCAAAGUAUUGUCUCUGUCUAACAAAAGUAGACACUGUGCUCCUGUCAUCGUAUCACAGACACAUCAGGAAAGACACUCUGGAAUAUUCAAUGCAUCACAGGUCACUAACCUUCCAAAACACAUCACUGAAAUAAAGAUAAACAAAGAAUGGGAACAGCAGGGACACAUUGUCACACAACAUCAGGGAGACCUUUUCACAAACCUAAAACCUGGAUCUGAGUGUCAGAUACAUUCUCACAAAGAGCACAUUCCCUCCAGCGUGUUACAUACACAUGCAAAUACCACAUUUAGAUUCAGCCUUGACAGGCAGAUAUACACAAAUUAUGCUCCAACUUCCAGCACACCACAGACACAAACAGAUCCUAAGCCCCUCAUUGCAUCACAGACAAACACUUCUGCACAUGUCAAACCCAUCACCGAAACACCAAACCACAUAAACAAAGACUUCCGUUCCACACCAACCCCACACAAACACACAAGCCCCACACACCGACUCAUACCACAGGCCCGUCCAUACACAAUCACUGAACUCCUCACACACAAAGCCAUAAACCCCAAGUACAACCCCCUUUUGCCGCCAUCACGCAUGGCACACCUAGAAUCCUACACCCUCACCCAUUCCAAUCAGACAAACCAGAUGAUCCAUCCAGUAUUUUUGUUGUCAAGUACCAUCCCACAACCCUCCCGAGACGACCCUAGGCUGGCUCACUCCCACCCGGCUGAUACAGACCUGCUGCUGCUGCCCCCCUCCCCACAGUGCAGCAGGCCAGCCCCUUUCCAUAGGAGGCUGCAGUGUGUGGAGGCCAGUCUGGCAGCCAACCAGGACAGGAUCACUACACUUCUCAACAUCAUCCAAGACCUUGAGAUGAGCCAUGCUCUCAACAAGGGUCGGCGAUGCUACAGGACAGGCCAAGACCUCCGGGAGUGCUCCACCUGUCAGAAGACUGCUUGUAUCGUAUAUAGUGUGGAGUAUGACUUCAGGCAGCAAGAGAGAUGUUUCUUGGAGGUUCUGUAUCCCCAGAGGGCUGACAACAACACUCCUCCCUCCCUGCCCCACAACAGCACCCUGCUGACGGACGCCAUCACUAAGACCAUGACCAAGUCCAAGGUUAAAAGCAAGAAGUUGUGCAAGAUGCUUUUCCAAUGGCUGCCUAGGACAAUUCAGCGAACAAAGUCCUCUUUUCACCAACUCUCUCCAGAUCAUUUGAAUUCCUAGCAUGUUAUUCAUGAGGUAUUGAGGUAUCCCUGUAAUAUAAGAUCUGAUGGUGUGUUCAAGACAACUGGGAACUCUGUAAAAUACAAGGUCAAAUCAAGAUGUCAGUAAUCUCCAGGUCGGAAAAUCAAAGCUCUUGAAAGAGGCCGAAUUCCUGAGUCAGAAUUCUGAGUUAGAUGAACGUUCCAAAUUAUUUUUCCCUGUCGGAGGAAGUUUUUCUGAGAGUUCCCAAUUGUCUUGAGCACACUGAAGUCGGAAGUCAGAGAUUUCCAAGUUCGCAGUUGUUUUGAACUCGGCAUGAUGUCCCUAUCACAGCAAGUAGCACUUGUCAUUGUAGAAGACACCUACAUCCCUUCCUGUCUACAUGAUGGGUGUUCUGAAAUCUGAUUUUCUCCUUAAUGACUGAUUGACACCCUAUUGUCCAAUCACAACAUAGCAUGAACAGGAAUUGCCCUUAGUAACUACAGACCUUUGCCCAGUCUAGCAACAGUCUAUCAUAUGGAGAAAACUUCAUCCCUAAGGUUAAAAUCAUGAACUUUCAUCCAAAGCACAUGCACUAGUUGUUGAACUAGAUACAACAUCCAAAAGUUUGCUAGAUUGCAAUCACUAUUUUCAGAGCCUAUGAUAGUCCAUAUUCUAUAGUAUUUUAUUGUAGCUAAGCAUCAAGUGAAGUGUUGCAGUCCUCUACCAGCUUAUCCCAGGGUCAAUGUAUAUACAUCAUAUUUUUGAAAAAUAAACCAAAGCCCACAGUACAUACUGUAAACAUUUUCUUCUCAUGUUUGAUUAAAUAUCUUAUCGCUGA